AUGAAAGUCCUGAUUGUACUCGCUGUUUGUCUUGUUCUCGUCUAUCAGACAGCUUUUGCUCUUCCGCCUCCAUACUACGGGCACGGUUGGGGAUAUGGACGCCCACCACCAUACUACUAUGGACAUCACAGACCAUACGGACACUAUGGAUACGGAUAUAAUCCUGUUCGAUCAGCCAUUCGAGGAGCAGUCGCUGGCGCCAUCGUUGGAAGCGUUGUUGGGUGA